GCAGCAGGCAUACCCUUGUCGCUGAUUGAUUUAAGUCAUGACUGCUGUUGCCGCUUCUGAUUGCCGCCUAUCACCGUCAUUCGUCCUCUUGUUGUCGAUUUGAUCAGUUAUUUUGAUUCAUUUAAUUCAUCCAAUUCGUUCAAUUCAUCAAGUGAUUGUCGGGUGAAGAUUGAAGAUCAGCAUAGCUAACCAGCCAUCAGGGGGUAGUCUGCUACCAAUGGGCGAUACCCAGAUCAUGGCCGGAAGAACAUUUCAACCCGGAGUUGCCGAAGGACAAUCCACGACAAGGCCACCACUCUUCGACGGCACAAAUUAUGCUUAUUGGAAAGAGAGGAUGAGAAUAUUCAUCCAAUCAAAUGAUUAUGAUUCUUGGCUGGUGAUCAAGUAUGGAGAGACGGUUCCCACGAAGAUUGUUGACGGGGUUUUUGUUCCAAAGUUAGAGACCGAAUAUACCUCAAAUGACAAGAAGAAGAUGCAACUAAAUGCAAGGGCCAUCAACUUUCUAUAUUGUGCCAUGAACCCGGAUGACUAUUGGAAAAUCUCAAGGUGCAAGACAGCCAAUGAGAUGUGGAACAAAUUAGAGGUCACAUAUGAAGGAACAAGUCAAGUGAAGCACUCAAAGAUCGACUUACUCACCCAUGAGUAUGAGCUUUUCAUGAUGAUGGAAAAUGAAAUAAUAGAUGGCAUGUUCGAGAGAUUUUCAACUAUCGUCUCAAAUUUGGAUACACUUGGGAAGCAUUAUGAGGAUCAUGUUCUCGUUCGAAAAAUCCUUCGAAGUAUCACACCGGAGUGGAAGUCUACAGUCAACCCUAUCAAAGAAGGCCGAGAUUACAAUACAUUGACAUAUGACGCACUUCGAGGUAAACUACUCACUUAUGAAAUGUCUAACUUUUCUAGUGCAGCGGAGAUCAAAAGGGAUCAAAAUCUAUCAUUCAAAGGAGUUGCACUCAAAGCUUCAUCGUCAAAAUAUGUCGAGACAAGCGGCUCUGGAGAAAGUGUCAUUCUCGAGUUAUUUAAUGACUUCUUGCAAAAUGAGCUUGAGCAAUUGAAUGAGAGUACAAAGCCUACUUACUAUGGAUGUGGAGAGCGUGGACAUAUCAAGGGUCAUCACAGGUCCUAGAAACAUGAACAACCCUAGUGUUAGGUGUCAUUAUUGUAAUAAACUAGGACAAAUCACACCAGUUUGUUACACUAAGUAUAGGCACUUGCUUCUAAGUCAAGAUAAUGUGAUGCAUCGUUCAUAUGAUUUUUAUUAUUGCCAUAACACCCCUGGACCCAAAAGGCAUUGGGUACCAAGAUUUGCUUCGUAGAUUCAUCAAGGAAGGUGUGCUUGAACACUUUGACUUGAGUUGAAGUAGAUGCGCCAAGCACAUAAUUGG